UUAACACCCUCCCAAUACCCCACCAUCGCUAUCGCUAUCACAAUCACAAUAAUAAUCCCUUGUACUUCACCUUCCUCCUAUAAACCCUUUUCCCAUCUUCAACAUUAUUCCCACCUCAUUCUUUCCAAAUUCACAUUCACACGUUUAGUAUUUCACCUUUCUGUUCAGAAAUCUUUGUGGGUUUGGUUGAUUAACACCGUACAGUAAGAAAAGCUUCGAUCUUUAUUAGUGUUCUUAUCAUAUACCAUAGUUUUGAGAUCAUUGACAGUGAAAUUCCAUCAAAAUUUCAUCUGGGUGUUAUUAAUUUUAGCUGGUAGUUAAGGGUUUCUGUUAAAAAUCUGAUCUUGAUGAUGGAUUUUGGUGGGUUGAUGCUAGGGUUUUAUUAGGGUUUACUGUUUCUGAUAAAUUUAUAGCAUAUGGGUUUGUUAAGCAUUGAUUAGAUUCAAGAUUUUGUGAGUUUAUUUGGUGAUAUGUAAUAUGGGGUCAUCAGGUUUUGGCUCAAUAUGUAUGAUAUACUCUGUAGUGGCUUUAAGUUGUGGAACUUUAAUGAUGUUUUAUAGCCAUGAGGUGUUUGCAUUCAGUCAUGGGAAUGAAAUUGCAAUUAAGUUGUUGGGAUCAACACCACAUGAUCAGUUGUUGAUCAAGACGUCUGAUUCGUUCUCCGGGUUGCUUUUGUUUGCUGUUGGGAGUCUGUUGUUCAUGGUGGCAUUUGUGAAGGAUAGGGAGUUUCAGAGCUUUUUUGCUAAAGGGUGUGUGCUUCUUCACAUUGCCAUGGCGAUUUGGAGGAUUUAUUUCGAGAGGAAGCUUGAAGAACUUGGUCGCGAUUGGCUCCGGCUGGUUGUUGGGGAUUUUGUUUUGGCGAUUUCGUGGGUACUGUUUCUUGUGUGUGGUUGGAGAGAAAAGUACGAUUAGACAAACACGCAACCGAUUCAUGACUCGUUCCUUGUUCUUGGAUUGAUAUAAGAGUCGUUGUUGGAUUGAUAUAAGAGUCGUUGUUGGAUUGAUAUCGCAGGUUGUGUGAUCUGUUUUGGUGAUUAAUGGAGGCUGUGAAGGGGUUUUUUCUUGUUUAAUUGUAGGAGCAAUGCACAUAUAUUCAUGAUUGUGAUUAGUAAAUGAUUGGGAGUUUUUCAAAUUUGCUUUCUCUGUUAUCUUUUUUUCAUGUUUAUAAAGAAAACUUUUGAUCUUAUUGUC